CUCAAAGACAGAACAGGACUUGGAAAAAUUACAUGGUGUAAACGGCAUGUCUGUGGAUGAGAAGCCUGACUCCCCCAUGUAUGUGUAUGAGUCCACAGUCCACUGUACCAACAUCCUCCUGGGCCUCAAUGACCAGCGGAAAAAGGAUAUUCUCUGUGAUGUGACUCUGAUAGUGGAGAGGAAGGAGUUCCGGGCCCACCGGGCUGUGCUGGCUGCAUGCAGUGAAUAUUUCUGGCAGGCGCUAGUCGGACAGACGAAAAAUGACUUGGUGGUCAGCUUGCCUGAGGAGGUCACAGCCAGAGGCUUUGGGCCACUGUUGCAAUUUGCCUACACUGCCAAACUAUUACUCAGCAGAGAGAACAUCCGUGAGGUCAUCCGCUGUGCCGAGUUUCUGCGUAUGCACAACCUAGAGGACUCCUGCUUCAGCUUCUUGCAGACCCAGCUGCUGAACAGCGAGGAUGGCCUGUUUGUGUGCCGCAAGGACACCGCGUGCCAGCGGCCACACGAGGACCAUGAGAACUCAGCCGGAGAAGAAGAGGAGGAAGAGGAGGAGGAGACGAUGGAGUCAGAGGCCACCAAGAUGGCUUGCCCCAGGGACCAGAUGCUUCCAGAUCCCAUCAGUGUUGAGUCUGCCGCCAUCCCAGAGGCUGAGAAGGAGGAAGCUUUGCUGCCUGAAGUUAACAUGUCCGUACAUGUCAAGGAGAGCUUAGAGAAGGAUGCAUUGACCCAGUACCCCAGAUACAAGAAAUACCAGCUUGCAUGUACCAAGAAUGUCUACAAUGCAUCAUCACACAGUACCUCAGGCUUUGCAAGCACAUUCAGUGACGAGAACUCUGGUGGUGGCAUCAAGUCCAGGCUUGCUGUGGAGCAGAUUAAAAGUGAGCCGCCCUGCGAAGAGAAUGAGGAAGAGAGCAUCACACUCUGCCUCUCAGGAGAUGAGCCUGAUGUCAAGGACCGGGUGGGGGACAUGGACAUGGACCAGAAACAGCCCAGCUCUGCCCCUGCGGCACCCCCAGUCAUGCCUAGCUGCCUGGAGAGCACCAGGGGCGAAUCUUCACCAUCAUGUCUGAGGUCUCUGUUCAGCAUCACAAAAAGUGUAGAGUUGUCUGGCCUCCCCAGCACAUCUCAGCAGCAUUUUGCCAGGAGUUCAGCAUGCCCUUUUGACAAGGGGAUCUCUCAGGGUGACCUUAAAACUGACUAUGCCCCUUUCACGGGGACUUAUGGGCAGCCCCACCUGAGCCAGAAGGACUUGUCCAACUUCUCAAUGGGGUCGCCCCUCAAGGGGCCUGGGUUGGAGGCGCUCUGUAAACAGGAAGGAGAGCUGGACCGGAGAAGCGUCAUCUUCUCCUCCAGCUCGUGCGACCAAGUGAGUACUACCGUGCACUCCUACCCUGGGGUCGGCAACUUGGACAAAGACCUCUCGGAGCCGGUGCCAAAGGGCCUGUGGGUGGGAACUGGUCAGUCCCUUCCCAGCUCCCAGGCCUAUUCCCAUGGCGGGCUGAUAGCCGACCACUUGUCAGGGAGAAUUCGGCCCAACACUAGCUGCCCGGUGCCAAUCAAAGUCUGCCCUCGUUCACCCCCGCUGGAGACCAGGACCAGGACUUCCAGCUCCUGUUCCUCCUACUCCUACGCUGAGGAUGGUAGCGGGGGCUCCCCCUGCAGCCUGCCCCUCUGUGAGUUCUCCUCCUCGCCCUGUUCCCAGGGAGCCCGAUUCCUUGCCACGGAACACCAGGAGCCAGGCCUGAUGGCAGAUGGAAUGUACAACCAAGUGCGACCCCAGAUCAAAUGUGAGCAAUCCUAUGGAACCAACUCCAGCGACGAAUCUGGAUCAUUCUCGGAAGCAGACAGUGAGUCGUGUCCUGUGCAGGACAGGGGCCAGGAGGUCAAACUUCCCUUUCCUGUAGACCAAAUCACAGAUCUUCCAAGAAAUGAUUUUCAGAUGAUGAUUAAGAUGCACAAACUAACCUCAGAACAGUUAGAGUUCAUUCACGAUGUCCGCCGGCGCAGCAAGAACCGUAUCGCAGCCCAGCGCUGUCGCAAGAGGAAACUGGAUUGUAUUCAGAAUUUAGAAUGUGAAAUCCGCAAAUUGGUAUGUGAGAAAGAGAAACUCUUGUCAGAGAGGAACCAGCUGAAAGCAUGCAUGGGGGAAUUGCUAGACAACUUCUCCUGCCUCUCCCAGGAAGUAUGCCGGGAUAUUCAGAGCCCUGAGCAGAUCCAGGCCCUGCAUCGGUACUGCCCUGUCCUUCGGCCCAUAGGUCUCCCCUCAGCCUCCAGUAUUAACCCUGCACCCUUGGGCUUCAACCAGAACCUUGCCCCCUCCCAGUGCUCCACAGGAGAAAGUGGGCCCUGCUGCCCAGAGCAGAGUGCUGGAACCCCAGGCUCCCCGUGGGGCCCCAGCAGCACCUCAGAAAAUUGUAUUUCUGCCAGGAGGCUAGAAGGCAUUGGCACGGGUCCCUUCCCAGAGAGAGGCCCUCCUCUGGAGCCCCGAGGCCAGACAGUGACUGUGGACUUCUGCCAGGAAAUGACUGACAAGUGUACAACGGAUGAGCAACCUAGGAAGGAGUACACCUAGCGGCCGCCCCCAGAGGCUCUGGGCAGCCAGCAGCCAGUUUACCUGUUGUCUGAAGAACUAGAAGGAACUUGGUGCACACUACAAGCCGUCUUCGCAGCAAUACUGUUCCUCAGUAUUUCCUCCUCUUUGGAGCAGGAGUGGUGGAGAGUUACUUUCACAAUGGUGCUACCCUUGCUCAUGCAGGGAAAGAACACAGUGACAACGACAACACUGUCUGUGGGUCACUUUCAGUCUUCACAGGGAUAGACUCUGUCACCUCCGGGAACCCACCACGGAUUUUUUUGCUCAGUGGCCCACGUCACAAACCCAAUCUCAGGAAUUUUUUCUGAAUGUUCAAUUUUUUUCAUUGAAGACAGCUUCUAUACACAUCAAAGUUUUAUAGCUAGACUGUACAUACUAUAUAUAAUAUAUGAAAUAUAUAUCU